UUCAAAAUAAAUAAUAAAGCGUAAUGGGAAACUGAUGAACUUCUGAAAAAGAGAAAAAUGAUAUUGAUGUGACAAGGAUUGGAACAAGGAAGGUAGUUCUAAAUAGAGAUCCUACUAAGAAAGGACUUGGAGAGACUGAAGAUGAUAACAAAUUCAGAUGGAAAUUAGAUGAAAGACUCAAGAAAGAUCUAAGAGAUCUAUAUGAUGAAUACAAAGAAAUGGUUGAAGAAGAGAUGCAACCCGAAUCUGAAGCAGAAGAAGCUGGUAUUAAAUUUAUAUAAACGUGCAAGCCGUGCAAGAAGGUGUAUAUGAGGGUGGUUGGAGCACCAAGUCCAACCAGAGACUUGGCGAGGGAAGAAUUAUUUACCACAACGGUACCUUCCACCACGGAAUGUGGGACCGGAACCUUCCCAAUGGAACCGGCCUCAAAGUAUUCACAGAUGGAGACGUCUAUUUUGGUGAAUUCGUCAACGGCAAAAUGGAAGGCUACGGUGAAUACUUUACAAGUGACGGCAAGCAUUAUGAAGGAGAAUUUGUGAGGAAUGUAUACGAAGGAGAGGGAACAGAAGAAUGGGAUGAUGGAACGGUUUAUAAAGGUGGAUGGAAAGCUGGAAAAAAACAUGGAAAUGGGAAGUUAGACCUAGCUAAUGGGUGCUCUUAUGAAGGAGGGUUUAAGAAUGGCCUAUUUGAAGGCAAAGGUACCUAUAAGUAUGAGGAUGGGAAGAAAUAUAAAGGAGACUAUCUUAAAAAUAAAAGGCAUGGCUAUGGUGUAUUCACUUGGCCAAAUGGGAAAAUAUAUGAAGGUCAUUGGGUGAACGGCAAACAGCAUGGAGGAGCAAACUGCAAGAGAGGAGGAACUGAAGUAGAAACAGAAUGGAAAAAAGGAGAGUUAAUAAAGGCUUAAAAUUUUCGGUAUUAAUA